GAGAGGGAUAAAAACCACCUAUCCACUACCCAUUGAUUAUCCACCAAAUUUAUUAUUCAUACAUAUACCUGCUUCACCUGGAGCGAAUGCAAAAGUAAAACUCGUAUAAUUAUACGCGUAUGUCAUCUCUAGGCACAUUCUGGGGGCAUUUCAAUUCAUAUCUUUGCUAGUUAAAUCGUCUGGACCAACUCCGAGUUCUGACUUGUGAAUUUACCUAAUAACUCACUCAGUUGAUUCCCCUCUUUUUUAUUACCAUUCACAGACAGAAGGAAUAACAGUGGGAAUGUGAGCAUUAUAUUCACUUGGCAGAAGAAGAGAUUUGAAAUUUAUUUGGAUAAUUUAGGUAUCCGAUCUGAUUAUCUGAAGAUCCCGUAUAGGGUUUGCAUACCCCUAGUGAGAAUGUCAAUCCUAGCUUAGUUGAAAAUUAACCAAAAGAAGGUAUAUUAAUGAUUCGUAUGUUGUAUUGCUCACAACAUGUUCGAUGAAAUGCAUAGCUGAACUGCUGAAGUUUCAUCGUGAAAUUUGAUUUAAUACAAUCAUUGCAAAACGCCAAAGCUUUGAAGAAUUAUUAUGGAUAUUGGGCACUGUUACCUUGAUGGGAAUGCUGAUUGUGUCGAGUUUUGUCCCCACAGUGGGUUCCAGAACAUUCUAGCUGCUACUACAUACACUUUACAAGAGGGUGAUCAGCCAAGUCGAGCUGGGAGUAUUUCAUUGUUUGAUGUUAAUGGUAGUAGCCGUAGUAUCAAUCAAAUUGGCGAUGUUGAAACUGCUGGAAUUUUUGAUAUCAAAUGGAACCCAGUUCAAGAUGGGGUGAGUCCCUUGAUUGCUCAAGCUGAUGCUGCUGGGUGUUUGAGGAUUCAUGAGCUUGAGUGUUCUUCAAAUGGAUCAAGUUUGUCAGGAACCUUACUUAAAGAGAGCUGUGGUGUUCAAAUCAGCUCCUCAAUGUGCCUUUGCUUGGAUUGGAACCCCUUAGCCACAUCACUUACAGUCGGGCUUUCUGAUGGUUCCGUCUCUGUUGCAUCUCUUGCAGAAUCACAACUCAUUGAAGAUCAACAAUGGAAAGCUCAUGACUUUGAGGUAUGGGCGGCUUCCUUUGACCCCCAUCAGCCAUCUGUUGUGUACACUGGUUCAGAUGAUUGCAAAUUCAUUGGUUGGGAUUUGAGAAGUGAUACUUCUAUACCAGCAUUUCGAAACUCGAAGGUCCACAAAAUGGGGAUUUGUUGCAUUGUGAAGAACCCUCAUGAUCCAUGUUCUUUACUUACCGGUAGCUAUGAUGAACAAUUAAGGGUCUGGGAUGUCAGGUCUAUCUCAAAGCCAGUCCACGAAACUUCCAUCUGUUUAGGGGGCGGAGUUUGGAGGAUUAAGAAUCAUCCUCACAUUAAUGGCCUCGUGUUGGCAGCUUGUAUGCAUAAUGGCUUUUCCAUUGUUAAAAUAAACAAUGGAAAUCUGAAAGUAAUUGAGACAUAUAAUAAGCACGGCUCGCUUGCCUAUGGAGCAGAUUGGCAGCGAAAAAGGCCAGAUCAGGAAGGGAAGAAAGAGGGUAAUGUGGUGGCUACUUGCUCGUUUUAUGAUAGACUUCUUCGAGUCUGGAUUACUGAGGCCGAUAUUCUUGCUUGACGCUGUUGUUUCGAUCUCUGAAUUUGUAAUUGUAAAAUCAAAUCGGAUUUUAAAUUAUGUUUUGGAGUCAUCUAGACUAUGUAUGGCUGUUCGAACGAGGUUCGGAUAUUUUUAUAUUACAUGAUUGCUUUGUGAAAGAAUUUUUUUCAUUGAUAUUAUUUUCCCAAAAAAAAUCAUCUAUAAUUUACCUUCUAGAUUACAAGUGGAUAGAUUAACGAGAAAUAUGCAAGAUUGACUAUCGGAACUCGCUUUUGGUUCUGCAAACUGCCAAGUUCUAUAGAUCAAAUUGCCUCUGGUUGGUUGGAAACAGAAGCUGCUCAAGGGAACAUGAAAAUUGCUCAAAAAUUUGAAGGGGAAGAACUUGAAUACGACAAAAGGUUAGUCCUGUAUCCGUAGAUUUAUGAGUCCAAUCAAAGUACGUGCUAUGAUUGUUAUCGAUGACCAGUUGAGUCGUUGACCACCAGUGGGACUGACAUGCCUACUGUCUGAAUCAUUACUUCUGAAGAUGAGACCGAGGGUGCAGAAGCACCUUUCAUUCAUGAAGGCAUCCUGAGAAUCUACAAUACCUUACUUGAAUACACUAGGCUGUUUUAACUUGGAAUUUUAGCUGGUUUAUACUUCUAAAAAUCAUGUUCUAAGUGUCCUACUAUCAUGCUAUGCAUUACUUCUUUCCAACUUUUCUUCCUGGUUCUCAAGAAGCCUUUUAUCCAGGAAAAAAGGUGGAAUAUAGUUGAGAAUGAGAUCAUGAUCUCUAUUGCUUGUGAAAUGGGUUUGUUUGCAGCUUGCUUGGCUAUUCUAGACUGAGAAAUGUCUACUGGAGCUGAGAGAGCAGUUGGCAUAUUCAUGCUGUGUCUGUUUUUGUUAGGAUUUCUUGCAUUAAUCUGCAACGAGUGGAACUCUUUGUUUAAGCAGUAAUACUUUUGGCGAGGGAAUGGGAUUAUGGGAAUGUUAGUUCAUCAUCAAAGACUUCAUUUUCUGAUUUUAAGUCAAGACUUGGAGUUCAUACAAAGAUCUGGAAGCCAUUUUCAGAUCCAAGUAAAAGUAUUUGAAUGUAAGUAUAUACUUUGCUAUUGUAAUUCUUUCAUGGAUGCUUAUGAAUGUUGUGAAAUAAAGCUAAUAGAUAGAUUGAUUAUCAAUUUUCUCCUGUGAUGUAAUUUUUCAUGCAUGAAAAUAAAGAUAAGUAAUUCUGAUAUAUGAUAAUAGAACCUUCCAUAAUGCUAUAGCAUCUCCAUUAAUACUAUUAGUUUAUUACUAAGUAAAGGCUGAAUCCCACAUCGAAGAUCUAUAAUUUGUAUCAGUACAACUUCAAUAUAAAAAGUCAAGGGCUUUAAGUUUAAACUCAUACCUUUCUGGGCCUUUUGGCUAAGAUCAGGCGUAGAAUCUGUUCUUAUCAGUUUAAUAUUUGAUACGUGGGCCAAUGGUACACAAUGAUAUUAAAUUAAAUUUUCAAGAGUGAAGACCCACCACAAGUGCUUGCACUUGGGAUCUUCAAGCAAGGUCCAUGCCUUGCGCUACUGCAAGGGUCUGACACUCCUCUAUUGAAAUGUAACUUUUGCUAAAUUUAAUUGUCUGAAUUUAUGUCUGUUUGUCAAGUCUUCUAAGUAAAUAAAUGCUCCUUCUCAUG